AUGGACUCCAACAUGGCAGCUCAGAUGGCCAAUAUCUCCAUCGCUCAAGAUGAGGCGUUGCAGAUAUGGCCUUCCAACCCUUCCCAGUUCCAAGAUUCCCUGUUGAGCCCUUUGUUGGGCUGGCAAACCUGGCAGUAUAUCGUGACGUUUUUCCUCGCCGUUGUUGUCUAUGACCAAGUCAUGUAUAUCAGAAGGAAGGGCUCCAUAGCCGGACCGCCGCUCAAGAUCCCUCUCAUGGGUCCAUUCAUACAAGCCUUACACCCAAAGUUUGAAGGGUACCUCGCACAAUGGGCCAGUGGACCCCUCAGCUGUGUGUCAGUCUUUCACAAAUUUGUUGUUCUAGCCUCCGACCGCGACAUAGCCCACAAGGUAUUCAAAUCACCCGCAUAUGCGGAGCCAUGCAUAGUGCCGAUUGCGAAGGAUAUCCUCGGCCACAAAGCAUGGGUUUUUCUUCAGGGUCGAGAUCACGCAGAGUACCGCAGAGGCUUAACACCUCUUUUCACGAACAGAGCCAUGGCAACUUACCUCCCAGUGCAAGAGAAGGUGUUGGCCGAUUAUUUUGGCAAAUUUGUUGCCACUAGCAAAGCGAAUCAGGGGAAGCCAGUGGAAUUCAUGACCAUGUUUCGCGAGAUCAACUGUGCACUUUCAUGUCGCACAUUUUUCGGCGAUUACAUAUCCCAGGCCGCAGUCAAGAAGAUUGCCGAUGACUUCUACCUUGCUACAGCAGCCCUUGAAUUGGUCAACGUACCUUUGUCAAUGUACAUUCCGUUCACCAAACCCUGGCUCGGGAAGCGCACAGCUGAUGCUGUCCAUGCCGAGUUCGCAAAAUGCGCCGCUGCAUGCAAGGCAAACAUGGCAACGGGUGCAAAUCCCACAUGCAUCGUGGACCAUUGGGUGCUCCAUAUGAUGGAGUCGAAGCGUUAUAAGGAAAGAAUUGCUGCAGGAGAGACGGACGCCGAGAAGCCAACAAACAUGAUCCGCGAAUUUACAAAUGAGGAGAUCGGAGAGACUUUGUUCACUUUCCUCUUUGCGUCCCAGGACGCAUCUUCCAGUGCCACGACAUGGCUAUUCCAAAUCCUUGCCCAGCGACCUGACGUGCUCGAAAAGCUACGAGCGGAAAACUUGGCUGCUCGAGAUGGUGAUGGAAAUAAGGCGUUCGAUCUGCCUAUGCUGGAGUCACUCACAUAUACCAAUGCAGUAAUCAAGGAGCUGCUACGCCACCGACCACCUGUGAUUAUGGUUCCAUAUCUCGCGACGAAGAACUUCCCCGUCACGCCUAAUUAUACCGUUCCCAAGGGAGCCAUGAUCAUUCCAUCCUGUUAUCCGGCUCUACACGAUCCAAACGUCUAUCCCAACCCGGAUACCUUUGAUCCUGAGCGUUGGAUAUCCGGUGAUGCCGAGUCCAAGACUAAAAAUUGGCUGGUGUUCGGUGCUGGUCCCCAUGAUUGCCUUGCGAGGAAAUACGUCCCGCUCUCCAUGGCGGGUAUGAUUGGUAAAGCAGCGAUGGAACUUGAUUGGAAGCAUUAUGCUACGGAGAGAUCAGAGGAGAUUCGAGUUUUUGCUACCCUAUUCCCAAUGGAUGGCUGUCCAUUGGUGUUUACGAAGCGCUGA